AUGGCCACGCCAAUCUGGCCGUCAGAUGAAGGAGACAUAAAAAUUCAAGGAGUUCCCUUGUUUGAUGACCGAGUGUGGGAGGCAUUCGGUGCGGAAGAGCCGACCGCGCAGCUCGACGCUGUACACAAUUCCACAUUCGGCAUGUCGCCGACCGAAAGCGGAAAAUCCGAAGUUUUUCUCCCCGGUACCCCGACCGACACGUCUGCCUCGAGAGCCUCUGGCAUCGCUCAAUCUCGCGACCAGCUCCCUCAAGAAAUCGACGAACGCGCCCUCACGGAAGUUCCGCAAUUCACGGGUGAUGAUUUCACCCUCAUGGAGCUGAACGACGUGGUUGGCGGAAGUGCAGGCGACCAUCUGGCUGCCAGCGGCCCGUGCGACGGCGACCAUCUGGCUGGGCCGUGCGACAUGGAUGGCGACCUUUUGCAGGGAGACGACGUUCUCGGCGCGUCGUGGGAUGCGUGCGACCACACCGGCAAUCUCGAGGCAAUUCUUAGUUUUCUCUUAAUUUCAAAAGAAAAAGCGACCCGUAUCGCUCAUUCCCAUCCUACUCCAUUGUGGCACAUGUUCGUGUCGCGCCGCAUCAGAUCCUCGUACCAGUUCGCGAAGCCCUCCCAGUCCGGCGCUGCGACAGGCCAGCAUUCCGCACAGCCCUCCAUUGCGGGAAUCCUCUCCCACAUGCACCCUUCCGCGGCCUCCGCUGUACCGGCGGACGCGGGAAAGCUGCUCUGGGAGGGCUCGGCUGCGGAAUCCAAAGCCGCGCGUCGACGCGGAGAAUGCGAAUUCGAGGAGCGCCGCGGCGAAGGCGACGGCGAGAACGCGAAUUUCGCGAGAUUCGCGACGCUUCCAGCUGCGGAUGUGGCGGAGGCGACGGAGGGAGGUGGCACGGAGAGAGCGAACGGGCUGUGCGAUUCUGUGCUUCGGUCGCCAUCGCCUCUGCGCGACAGCAUUCCGCAACUCCUGUCGCUUCUGCAGGCCACGCGGGAUGCUGUGGCACGCACCAAGAGCACAGGCAAUGACACUCCUCCCCGUUCCACGCCCAUUUCAUCCCACGCCACUCCUGCCCCUGACCAGUCCACCUCUACUCCCGUCACCACCUCUACUCCCGUCACCACUUCUACUCCCCUUCGAAGCAUCCGCCCGUCACCGCUGCGCCGAGUCCCCUCGUCACCCGCCUUCUCCCCCGCCGCUCCCGCCACCACCUCGUCCCCGUCGCCCUCUAAUCCCCGCGCCUUCCCGCCCGCCCCUCCCACCCAUCGCACCGUCCCGUACCCCUCCCAACCGGGCCUCUCAUUCCCGCUUAGCCCCUCUCCUUUCCCCGCGCCCGCGCCCGCGCCAACCGCGCAGCGCGGGCCGCCGCCCUAUCCGCGCCUGCCUUUCUUCCCCAACUACCACCAGGCCUAUCCCGCAGCCGCCCUUCCCCUUCCUCCCAUGCCCGCGAGCUUCCUGGCUGGCGCUGCUUCCGCCGCGGCCUCUCCUAGCAGUGCUGCCGCCGCUGGCGCCACUGGUGCUGCUUUUAGCGCUGCUGGCGAGGCUGUGGGUGCUGGUGCUGCUAGCGCAUCAGCCGCUGCCGCGUCUGGAGCAGCGAAUGCUGCGGCGAAGGUGUCAACGCCGGGCUGGAUCCCUGCAUCUGCUGCAGUGAACGCACCCAUCGGCGCAACCAUCAGCGCACCCACCACCGCACCCACCAGUGCACCCACCACCGCACCCACCAGUGCACCCACCACCGCACCCACCAGCGCAGCCAUAGAAGCAUCGUCAGCGAUUGCUGCUCGUAUGGCUGCCCUUGGCCCUCUGCCUCCUCACAUGCCUGCUCGCGCUCUCAUGCCCUUCCCUGGCGGCCCCAUGCCGGCACCCGCGCUCUUCCCAGGAGGCAGCAUGCAGCAGCAGAAGCAGCCAUUGAACCUGCACCGAACGAGUGAGACGAGACCACAAUCUGCUGUACGAGUGAAGGAAGAAGCAGGCAGGGACGACACGACCCGCAGCAGUGCCAACAUCAGCAGCAACAGCCACACGUCUGCAGGCGCUGUUGGCGGCGCAUCAGGCAGCACGCCAUCUUCUGCUGUUGCUGGCGCUGUUGCUGGCGCAGCAGGUGAUGCAUCGGCGCCAUCUGCAGCUGUCGCCACCACCAUACGUGUCACUUCAAAUCCGGGUGAACCUGUUCAGGCUGAUGCCUCACUCCCUUUUUCCCCAGCAGCACCUGCAGCUGCAGUAACGGAAUCAAGUGAAAACCGAAUCGGACAUGGCUGUAGCGAGGGAAAGAGGGCCCGUGAGGCACAGCAGGAGGCGGAGGCUGGUGAAACGGACGCAGUUGAACAGGUGCGAGGCAAACGUCUCAAGGCUGCAGAGGAGACUGUGAGGCGCGAGCCUGAAGGCGAAGCUAAGGCAGAGGAUGCGACUAUGGAAGACACAGCGGUGAAAGUGCAGCAGGACGGGUCUCAGGCGAAGGGGCUCUCACUGCAAUCUGCUGCUUUUUGUGGCAAUGCAGCAACAAGGGUGUCAGCAGGAGGGGCAGGGUCAGCAGUUGAGAGGGCUGGUUCAAUGGAGUGCGGGGAUGCAGGCGAAGAUGUCGAGUCUGCUGCCUUGGGCCAGCUCUACUCUACCAUUUCUCAGCUCGACCCCACCACCCGUGACUGCAUUCGCAGUGCUCUCCUGCGCCUAGCCACCAGCGCUCAAGCCCUGCCUUCUGCUGACGAAGCCGCCAACCCCGCAUCCACCAAUACACCAAACCGCACCACUCAAACAGGCCAGGAGGCUUCGAAUCCCACUCCCACUGCAGAUGCUGCUUCCCCUGUCACCCCUGUCACUGCCAGUGGCAAGCAACAGCAACAGCAUCAACCGGACACGCAGCAACAGCACCUGGAGAAGCAAGAACCCGGACAGCAGCAUGGCCCUUCAAAAGCCCACUCCAACACCCAUGCUCCUGACUCCAACGCAGUCGACCGUGCGAUCGCCAAGCUGCUCUUCAUGGCGCCACCCACCCCAGCAUCUACCCACUCCUUCCCCGCUUCCACCAGCUCCUUCCCUCUCUCAUCCCCUUCCUCCUCUCAAUCCACCCACCCAGCUGCCUCAGCCUCUCACGCAUCAUCCCAUUCGCACGCAGCCUCGACUCUCCUCGUGCACUCGCACUCCGCCACCUCCCUCACUGCCUCCUUCUGCUCCUCCGCUACCCCCACCUCCAUCCCGCAAUCCGCAUCCACACCCCAUGCUCACGCAACCAGCUCGUUGCACCUUCCGCCCCUCGCUCCUCCUCCGCCACCUCCUGUUGCUGCUCUCCCUCACGCCCCUCACACCAGCUCCUCUCAAUCAUCUCGAGCAGCAUUCCCUGCCGUGCCUCCCUCCUUUCCUGUCAUGCUGCAACCGUCACCUACCCAUCCUGCAAUCCGCCUCUCCCCACACGCCCCCCAUCACUCUAAUAUGUUUCCUUACACUGCUUGCUUCUUACCCUGCUGCUCUGCUCCAGAUGCCCUCUCCUAUCCCCAGCACCAAAACCCCUCCCAUCCUUCCUCACUCCAUCCCUACGCCACACCUCCCCAACAUGCUCAUCUCGUUCCAGUCGCUUCUGCUGGGCCUCGAAAUUGGAUGACAUGGCAUGGCCAGAGCCAUGCAGCUGCGAGAUGUGGGUAA